UUUGCGCAGAGGAGGAAUCGAAGUGAGAAGCAGGCAUGGAUCUUCUCUGCGACGCGUAUGGCAAUGCGUCUGAUGAUGACCAAGAUCAACCGAAACGUCAGAAGCUUGCGCCUUCUUCCUCCAACCCGCCAAAACCCUAUCUUCCUCCUCCUAUCGACCACUGCUCGCAGCUCCAAACGGAAUCUUCGCUUCCUGGCAGAUAUAUUUCCAAGCGACAAAGGGCACUUUUAGCCGUUGAUCCCACUGUUCCCGACCCACCUCUGGUCUCGCCUUCUGUAACAUUAUCUGGAAGCAUCUUGGAUAACGAUAUACCUCCUAGCAUCUUAUCAUUGUUGAGAAAUAAAGCUAGAAGUUGUCAAAAUCUUAACCUGAUACCUGAAAGGCUAUCUGUGACUCUGUCUGGCCAUACAAAAGCUGUCAAUGCUAUACAAUGGUCUCCCCCUUAUGCUCAUCUCCUUGCAUCUGCCGGGAUGGACCAUUUGGUUUGCAUUUGGAAUGUGUGGAAUAGAGAUCAAAAGAAAGCACGUGUAAUAAACUUCCACAACGCAGCAGUGAAAGAUGUGAAAUGGUCUCAGCAAGGGCACUCUCUGCUUUCUUGUGGAUAUGAUUGCAAAUCAAGGCUGAUUGAUGUCGAAAAGGGGUUAGAGACUCAGGUGUUCAGUGAAGAUCAAAUUGUCGGAGUUGUAAAGUUUCAUCCAGAAAACUCAAACCUCUUUCUUUCUGGCGGUUCAAAGGGCCAUAUUAGAUUGUGGGAUAUCAGGACUGGUAAAGUAGUCCAUAGCUUUAAUCGCAACUUAGGUCCAAUUUUGGAUGUUGAGUUUACAAUCAAUGGGAAGCAGUUCAUUUCUUCCAGUGAUGUAUCUGGGAGUAAUGUCAGUGAGAACUCCAUUACUGUUUGGGAUGUGUCCAGACAGGUUCCGUUAUCUAAUCAGGUUUAUGUUGAAGCUUAUACCUGUCCAUGUGUGAGGCGCCAUCCAUUUGAGUCUACUUUUGUUGCCCAGUCAAAUGGGAAUUACAUUGCAAUUUUUGCAACAAACCCCCCUUUCAGGCUAAACAAGUACAAGAGGUAUGAAAGCCACGGGGUCUCCGGGUUCCCCAUAAAGUGCAAUUUCAGUUUGGAUGGGAAGAGGCUUGCUUCUGGUUCUUCAGAUGGUUUUAUUUAUCUUUACGAUUAUCAGUCAUCUAACGUUGUAAAGAAAAUCAAGACCUCUGACCAAGCAUGCAUAGAUGUCGUUUUCCAUCCUGUUAUACCUAACGCUAUUGCUUCAUGCUCCUGGGAUGGAAGCAUUUCAAUAUUUGAAUAGAGCUGCAAACUAUCAGCCCUGUUUCUUGGCGGUCUCUGGCCUUUGGGUGGCUGAAGAUGAACGUGAAACAAGUCUCUGCAUUUAAUCACAAGAUAAAUGACUUGCGGGACACAAAAGAAGAUGGGGAGGAGAAAGCCUCUUUUCUGAGACUCUAGCUUUUUCUAUUUUCUUAAAUAUUAGGUUUGGAUAGUUAGAUUUGUCCCAGAUACAUGUGAUUUAAUAUCUGUCAAGCGUGCAUAUAUCUUGUAACACUACCUUAUUGAGGAUGUUACGUAUUUAGUACACUUUUGGAACUCUGCUUGGCCUUGUAAGGUGCCCUUAAUCAUUCUGAUUCCUGAUAUCCCUUUAUUUUUCCAAUGGAAGAACUGUUUCUGAUAA